AUGAAGCCGGACUCAGCACCGGGGCCUGAUGGGCUGCCGGUCCUCUUCUUCAAGAAAUUCUGGGACAUACUGAAAGGCCCCAUUCUCCAGAUCCUUAAUGAUUUCGCCCUAGGGAGGGUCAACAUUGCUCGUCUUAACUUUGGAGUCAUCUCUCUUAUCCCGAAAGUUCAAGGAGCAGACACCAUCAAGCAGUUUAGACCUAUUGCUCUUAUCAACGUUAUUUUUAAAUUCAUUGCCAAGGCUUACGCUACCCGACUCGCCCCCCUUGCGCAUAGGACCAUUGACCGCAGCCAAUCGGCCUUCAUCAAAGGGAGGUGCCUGCACGAGGGUGUGCUCGCCCUCCACGAAAUCGCCCAUGAGUUGAGGGUUAAGAAACUCAAGGGCCUCCUUCUCAAGCUUGACUUCGAGAAAGCCUUCGAUCGAGUCAGCUGGGAUUUCCUUCGUGAAGUUCUGCUGAGAAAGGGCUUCUCCCCCAUGAUCGUUCAUCGCCUUAUGCAGCUGGUCUCGGGUGGCCAUACUGCGGUCAACGUGAACGGGGUUAUUGGGGAGAACUUCAGGAACGCUCGAGGUGUGAGACAAGGGGACCCUCUCUCCCCGAUCAUGUUCGACUUCAUGGUGGAUUCCCUGGCGGCUAUCAUCGCCAGAGCCACCAUCUCUGGGCACCUCAAGGGUGUGGUGCCCCACCUGAUCCCCAGGGGGAUAACCCAUCUUCAAUAUGCGGAUGACACCUUGAUUCUGAUUGAACCUUCUGAUGCCGGAUCAACUUCGCUAAGAGCGAAGCCGUCGUGGAUCGGGGUCGACGAUCCGGAGCGUCAAAGAGUGGUCGACGCUCUUAAGCUGCAGGCUGGGAGCCUGCCGUUUCACUACCUCGGCCUUCCUGUCGGCGACCGCCCCCUCUCGGUGGCCGAUCGGAACUUCCUUAUCGAGAAGUCGGAGCUCACCAACUCUUGCCUUUCCAGCCUACCACUCUUUGCUAUGGGUCUUUACUUGCUGCAUGACACGACCCACGCAGUAAUGGAUAAACACCGCUCCCGCUUCUUUUGGGAAGGAGCGGGUCCCAAGCGGAAGUACCACAUGGUGGACUGGGCCACGGUGUGCAAACCUCGGGCGUUUGGAGGAUUGGGGAUCCUCAACACCAAGUUCAUGAACAUCGCCCUCAUGUUGAAAUGGAUCUGGAAGAUCUAUCAAAACGAUGAAGGCCUAUGGGCAGACCUUCUUCGGGCCAAGUACCUGGGGGACCACGACCUUUUCUCCCCGGCAGUUCCCACCAAAGGAUCACAGUUCUGGAACGCCAUCCAGAAGAUCAAAUGGUACUUCAAGUUGGGAGCGAAGCACCAGGUUCGCAGUGGGCGGAGGACCUACUUCUGGCUGGAUUGGUGGACGGGCACGGGGCCCAUUCGCUUUACCUUCCCCCGUCUUUUCGCAUGCUGCGACAACCACUUCGCGACCGUGGAAGGGGUUAGGUCCAGCGAUGGCUGGACGAUUCGCUUCAGGCGCACCUUUGGCCUUGCUGAGAGGGUCGAGUGGGACAACCUCUGUAGGAUCUUCGACCUAUCGCCAGCCGCUGAGGGCGCGGAUGUGGUUAGAUGGGCGCUGGAGCCUUCCGGAGAGUACUCCACCUCCUCGAUAGCUGGAGGGUACUGGUCAGACGGAGGGACCGACCACUGUUGGACGCGGCGCUGGACGAGCUUAGGAGGCUACAUGCGCGGGUUCGGGAUGAUGGACGCGGACGCCGUUGACGUCUUCAUGCCGCUCUUCGUUCUUUAG